AUGGAAAAGGGAGAGCGCACAAAGAAGUAUCCCAAGCCUUACUCUAACAUUACAAAAAUCGACAAGUCUGGAUUUGUUGUUUACAAGAGGCGGGUUGAUAUCAGAGGAUCUGUUUUGAAAGGUGACAUAGAGUUGGAUAAUUGUUAUGUGGUGCCACACAACCUUGCCCUCCUUAAAAAAUAUCAAGCACACAUUAAUAUUGAGUGGUGCUGCAAUACAAGUGCUAUCAAGUAUCUCUUCAAAUACAUAACCAAAGGUGUGGACCGAGCACUGCUUCUGCUUCAACAGUCUGGGAAAACCAAAGCAGAGAUAGAGAAAAAAAAACAGCUUGAGAUGGACGAGAUUGAUAGGUUUCAAGAAUGUCGAUAUAUUUCAGCAUGUGAAGCCCCAUGGAGACUGUUUUCUUUCCACAUUCACCACAAUCAGCCUUCUGUUAUGAAAUUAACACUCCACCUUCCAGGAGAACACAAUUUGGUAGUAGAGGAGGGUAAGAGCUUAUCUGAUAUUCUGUCAGAGGAUGGUAUUGAGAAAACAAUGCUCACUGCAUAUUUUAUGGCGAACCAGAAGUAUGAAGAGGCCAGAGAACUUACUUACAUACAGUUUCCAUCUCGGUUUGUCUACCACAGUGGCGAAAAAACCUGGACACCAAGGAAACAAGGGACAGCUAUAGGCAGGAUUAUUUACGCUCAUCCAGCCUCAGGAGACCGUUACUACCUUAGAAUCCUCCUCAAUGUGGUGAAGGGGGCUUUUGGUUAUGACGACCUCUAUACUGUAGGGGGUACAAAGUUUAAGGAAUUUCGAGAUGCUUGCUACGCCAGAGGGUUACUGGACGACGAUAAAGAAUGGCACGAGGCCAUUGUUGAACCUUCAUACUGGGCAACAGGUCGUCAGCUAAGGAGGUUAUUCAUCACUAUCUUGCUCUACUGUGAAGUUGGAAACCCAUUAAAACUCUGGGAUCAUACGUGGAAGAUAUUAGCAGAAGAUAUCUUAUACAUGAAACAAAGAGAAUUCAACACCCCCGGUUUGAUUCUUGAGGAUGCGCAGCUGCAGCAGUACACAUUAAUCGAGAUAGAAAGACUCCUCAAAGAGAACGACAAAUCUCUAACUGACUUCCGCGGAAUGCCAAAGCCAGACACAAGUGUUCUUCAGGAAAUAUCAAACACUGUACUAAGAGAAGAACUGAACUAUGAUACUGCAAAAGAAGCUGGAGAGCAUGAAAAGAUUUUUACCACCAUGAAUGAUGACCAGAGAUCCAUUUACAGCUAA